AAAUCACAGUGACCUUGGGACCAUAAAGGCAAAGUGCAGGUUUUUCUGACUAUAAAAAUCCUCACAGAAAUCCAAUGAGCUUCAGUUUUCAUUUGAAGACCUUACCAGAAGACACACAGAGACUCCAGGUCUCCUCACUAACUUUUCUAAGAUGGCGUCUCUUAUGAUGUACCUGAAGCGACCAAUCUGCAUCUACAUAUAUGCAUAUCUGUGGCUGGCAACCCUUGCUGUGGCAAAUGCAGAGGAAAUGUUACAACCCAAACCCGAUGGGACUGGGACUUUAUUUAAAGAAACUACAAGACUUCAUGUCUUCACUCCCAGAAGAACUGCGAGGACUCCAGCCCUGUCAUCAGUGACAUUCAAAGUGACAGCCCUCGGAAGACCUCUGUUUCCCGGAACGUUGUAUGACUGCCGCAGGGAUUCCUUCAUUCCAGGUGUUACUCUGUGGUAUAAGAAAUCACUGAGUGAAGAUUUGGACAGCCGUCCACAGCCCAGAACAGAUGUGAUGUUCAGUAGCUCUGACUCUCUCUCAAGUAAAUUCAAUCUCCUGGGUGUAAGUGGUUCUCUGAAGACCAGUUUCUUGGGGGGGCUUGUGGACGUGGGAGGAUCUGGCAAGUACCUGCUUGACACCAAAUCCUCUAACCAACAGUCCAGAGUUACAAUGUAUUACAGUGAAACCACAAGAUAUGAACAGCUCACAAUGAGUCAUCUGGGCCAGAUCACCUACCCUCAGGUGUUUGAGCAGAAAACUGCAACUCAUGUGGUCGUUGCUGUGCUGUACGGAGCUCAGGCAUUCAUGGUGUUUGAUCGGAAAUUUUCAGAAGAGGAAAACAAGCAGGAGAUUGAGGAAGAACUGAAUGCCAUGGUUAAAAAAAUCCCUGAUUUUUCUAGUGAGGCAAAUACAGCUUUAAAAAUUACUGAUGCUGAAAAGAAAAUGGCAGAGAAGAUCACCUGUACAUUUCACGGUGACGUCCACCUUAAGCAGAACCCCACCUCAUACAUGGAGGCCUUGAGUUUGUACAAGACGCUCCCCACUCUAAUAAAGGAGAAUCCACACAAUGAAGUUCCCAUAAAAGUCUGGCUUUAUCCUCUUCAUCUUUUUAAUACAACAGCAGCUCAGGUAGAGAGAGAAAUCAGUACAAGUGUGGCUCAUGAAACCGAAGCUAUAAUCGAGGAGCUGGGAGAGGCAGAGAGGACAUACAAUGAGCUGUCAGGAAACACACUGGUUAAUAGUUUCAAAGACAUCAAAGAGAGGCUGCGCUCAUUUCAGGACUCAUUUAGAAUUUACAAGUCAAUGCUACUGAAAAAACUUGAGAGAGUCUUGCCUGCUAUUCGAGGAGGAGAGAUGGAGGAGAAGUCACUGGAAGACAUCCUGAAGAUCCACAGGAGCUCCCCAUUCAGGGCUGAGAUGCUUAAUCAGUGGUUAAAUGAUGCAAAGUCUGAACUUCAAACCUUGAGUUCUGUCACCAAGUCACUGGAUGGAAUCAAAAUUGAAGACCCAGACAACAUCCCUCUUAAGCAUGAUUUUGUUGGAGUGAUUUGCUUUACCUUCACAUCUUUGAACUAUAAAGACCCAUAUCUUUCAGCCUUAAAGGAGUUCGUGAAAACGGACAAAUUUAAAGAGCUAGAAGGGGAACCCAACACGGUUUCUGUGGCAUCUAUCAGAAAGUGGUUUAAUGAUUCUGAUCUUAUUGAAAAGAUGAGAUUUAACAUUAAUCUCUUCAAAGGUUUGAUAGAGCCGUAUAAGAGAAAUAAUGUCCUCUCUGUAAUUUCUGCCAUCUCAGAUCCCUCCAAUCCAGGCUCCUCCAUCUAUACGUAUUUAAAUGGGAAACUGCAAGAGAAACGGUUACAGUAUACUUUCAGGGUGCUUUCAGGAUUGGAGAAACCUAAUUAAAAGUAAGCAAAGAUACAUUAAUUGAUUCAUAGACAACCAUUAAUUGUCCUUUUCAUUAUUAAAGCACCUCAAUUUCCUUAGUAACCCUAGUCAUUGGUGAGGCAUUUAAAAAAUAUUGUUGGAAUGUUUAUCAAAGUGAGUUCACAAUCUCUGUCCCAAUAUGUUUAAAAGAUCCCACCUGCUUAAACUCACUUUUAAAUAACAAAGGCUUAAAAGGCACAUGUGCAUUGUCAGCGCCACAACACAGUUCCUUGAUUUUACUAAUAUUAAGCUCCAAGGUGCUGUCCUCUGUCCAGGCUGUGAGAAAAUGAACAUGGAUAAAGUAAUGUCCAUCAAAAAUUAGAGAUGAGUCCAGUAUUUAAAAAUCACAUUUUUUCUUGCAAUCGUUUACCAGCCCAUGUCUUGUUUGGUCUUGUAGAAAAUUUUUAAUCCAUAAAAACAGGGGUUGAUGUACCUCCACCAGCUGCCUCACAAGUGUGUUUGUGUUCACCAAGGAAAUGUCUGUAAAUAAAAUCACUAAAAUUCUAAAAGA